AUGGAUGAUGAGGUGGUGGAGAAAGUGAUCACGCUGCUGUACAUGUUCUGGGAGGCUCGCAACGCCCUUGUUUUUGACAGCAAAGAGCUGCAGCUGCCGCGCGUUAUUGAAAGGAUGGAGGCUCUUCACUCUUUGCCUAAGCCCGUGGUGGUAGUGCGUUCAGCAAGGGAGGAGCAUGCGACGUGGAGGAGACCAACACCAGGUUGGAUAAAGGUUAAUUUUGAUGCGUCAGUGCGCCAUUCUGUGGCGGGGUUUGGUCUUAUAGCUCGAGAUGAGGAGGGUGAGGUGCUUGCUAGUGCUACUUUGGCACCUGUUAUGAGGCAACCGGCUGGCCUGACUGAGGCUCUUUGUCUACAGUGGGCGAUGCGCAUAACUAUUGAUUUAGGGUUUCGCGCUGUUUGUUUUGAGACAAACUCUUUGCAGUUAUUUCAGUGGUGGAGACGUCGCAGCCGAGGCUCUUCUUACCUUGAUUUAGUUAUUUUUGAUUGUCGUUCACUUUCAGUUUCUUUUGACAGUAUGGAUGUUUCUUUUAUCCGUAGAUCCGGCAAUUCUGUCGCUGACUUUUUAGCCCGGGGUGCUUUCUCGUUUUUGGUUUGA